GGUUUGAUGGCUGCUGCUGCUGCUGCUGCUGGGUUGCUGCUGUGCGCCGCCGCAGUCGUCCCGCAAGGUAUUGCGGCUGCGUACUACGGCAAGCUCAUCGGCCCGAUCAAAACAAACGCACACGGCUUUACUGGAAACGUGUACGCGGCGAAUGACUACAACGUGAUCAUCACCGAUCUCAACUACGAUGGGAAAGGCCCAGAGGCCUUCUUCUGGGCUGGUACCGGCAAGGAACCCGACGAUAAGGGUCAACAAGUUCUUGACGAGAACGGCAGCUCGGCGGUCUUGAAGGCCUACAAAAAUGCCCGAGUGCUCCUUACCCUCCCAAAGAAAAUCACCGACUACCAGUACCUGGGAGUCUACUGCCGAAAGUUUGGGGCGAACUUCGGCCACGUGAGCAUACCAAGCGGCUUUGAACUGCCGCGAGAGCAGAGCCUAGGCCCGCUGGCAACCAAGGCGCAUGAGGCCCAGGCCACCCAAGUGUUUCUCAAGGACAGCGCUACUAUGGAGCUCAAGCAGUUCAAGUAUGACGGCCAAGGGCCAGCCGCCUUCUUCGUCGUGGCUCCGAGCGUGAAUGCCAGACAAGCGGACAUGGUGAAGCUUCUCGACGAAAAUGGCAAGGAUUCCAAGCUUGGCUGGUAUGGCGGGAAAGAUGUCGUCCUCAAGCUGCCAGACGGCCGCCAUUGGAACGAGUUCAGAUGGUUCUCCGUCUACUGUUUUCAAGCGUCGCUGAGCUUCGCUGACAUUGCAAUCGACGCCGCCGAGGAGCUGCCCGUCCACAAUCUUUCGUCAGUCGCAGCCGCAUCAACCGCUGUCAGCCACGCGGCGACACUGUGGGUCUUGGCCUGCCUGGUGGCCGCUCUCGUCUCGUAGGAGGACCAAUGGCCAGCUGUUCCCGAUGCCCAUCCUUCGGCUGCUUUUGUGAACCAAUAAAACUGAAACAUGAGUA